UGUCUGGUUGUCAGUCAGUUCUCGUGAGCUCCUCCUCCGGCAGCGCGAGGAAUCAACCACAGCACCGCCGCACGCGAGAGCACAGCACACAAAUCCGCCGAGCACACAGUACAGUACAGCACGCCGAACAACUCUCCUCUGCUCCUGUUCACUGCUCAUCCAGCACGCUUAGAUCUUCAUCAACGUGACGGGCAGCUGUCAGGCUUGAUGAUGGAUGAGUUACAGGAUGUGCAGUUGACCGAGAUCAAACCCCUCUUGACGGACAAGAAUGGACAGAACUUCCAGGACUUUGAUUGUCAGGAGCAUGACAUCGAGACUCCUCGCGGUGUCCUUCAUGUGACUUUGAGAGGGACCCCUAAAGGCAACCGGCCAGUCAUUCUCACCUAUCAUGACAUCGGACUCAACCAUAAGUCCUGUUUUAACACACUCUUUAACUUCGAGGACAUGCAGGAAAUCACCCAGCACUUUGCUGUGGUCCAUGUUGAUGCUCCAGGCCAGCAGGAAUCUGCCCCUCCUUUCCCCACCGGGUUCCUGUACCCCACCAUGGAUGAGCUUGCUGAAAUGCUACCUUCAGUUCUAACUCAUCUGAAAAUCAAUAGUGUGAUUGGGAUCGGUGUGGGCGCAGGAGCUUAUAUCCUCACUAGAUUUGCUCUGAAUGAGCCUGCUUUGGUUGAGGGACUGGUUCUCAUAAAUGUGGACCCCUGUGCUAAGGGCUGGAUCGACUGGGCUGCCUCAAAGCUGUCUGGAUGGACCAGCAAUCUCAUAGACAUUGUGAUGGCACACCAUUUCAGCACGGAUGAGCUGACGGAGAACCAGGAGAUUAUCCAAACAUACCGCCUGCACAUCGCUCAGGACAUCAAUCAGGAUAACCUGGCGCUCUUCUGCCAGUCCUACAACAGUCGUCGAGAUCUGGAGAUUGAGAGGCCCGUUCUGGGAAUGAACGAAAAUGCAGUUAAAACGCUGAAGUGUCCUGCCUUGCUGAUUGUUGGAGACACAUCACCAGCGGUAGAGGCUGUGGUUGAAUGCAACUCGAGGCUUAACCCAACCAAGACUACUUUACUCAAGAUGGCAGAUUGUGGUGGACUUCCUCAAGUUGUCCAACCGGGUAAACUUGCUGAGGCUUUCAAGUACUUUGUCCAGGGAAUGGGCUACAUGAUGCGUUCUUCAGCGUUCCCUCAUGUGCUGCUCAGCCACCUGAACAGCGAAUCAGUGCCCACUGCCAGCAUGACCCGAUUGGCACGCUCUCGCACUCACUCUGCCUCCAGCAUGGGCUCAGGGGACGGUUCGCGCAGCCGCACACAGACCAGUUCACAGAUGGAGGGCGCCACUGGCGGCCCCGCCCUCGACAACCAGAACAGAACCAUGGAGGUGUCCUGCUAAACCUCCCAGAACCAAGCCCCCAUUUUAUUUGGGAUCAUUGGUGUGUGUGUGACCCUUUUUUGUUCCCCCCCACUCUGUCGUCUCAUUCUCUCGUGGCCAGAGAGUGCUGGUCUAAUGAAGGGAUGCAUUGUUUGAUGUCUAGUAAUCCAUGUAUUUAACAUGUUGGAAUAUUUCUCCACUGCAUGGACGCACACUAAUCUUCUGUUGAUGUUUUUAAUCUUGAUUGGCUUUCUACUUUCUUACUCCAUUCUUUUAUAAACACUCCCCGAUACGCUUUUUCGUGUAUAUUUUUUGGUGGCGGCUGCUGUAUAUUGAACAUUCAGAGGGUAUUCUCGUGUGUAGCGGGAGAGUUUUUGUUCCCUCUCUUGCUCUAUCUAAGGUCUUCCUGCCCCUUGUGUUUACUAGAGACGACCAAACCACUUCAAUUCCUUCCCGUCAUCGAAUGUUUCUUUCACUGCUUCGUUUUCUGUGCAUUUUAAAUGGUUUCUACUGCUCUUGCUGGAUGGCAGCAGCUGGUUGGAUUUGAUUUGUAAUUGAAUUCAAUCAGUUGUAGUGUUUCCAGAGCAGAGCUACUGAUUAGCAUGUCUCGGUUUAAAGUGUACUAUAAACAUUUGUGUUAGUAUUAAUUGUUUAGACCUUUCUGCAAAUGGUUUACAUGGAGAACUGUAUUGAGGUUUUGACCUGAAGUCAAAACUUAUUAAACCCCUUAUUAGGAAAAUCUUUCGUUUAGGUUUGCACUUAAUAAUUUUCACAACCUAUUAUUGGGAAAUAUCUGCUACACCAAAACAAGCCUUUAGCUGAAGUGAAGUAGUAAUAUUUACCAUCUCUAGGUGUAAGUCAGCACGAUUUUGGCUUGACGUUCUCCAUUAUUUCUGUACAGCGAGCUGAUAUCCAAUUCACCUCAUUAUUUCGUCAACUCUGUUCGUUUUUAUCGUUAUUCUUUUGAUUUCAUUGGAUGGCAAUUCCCUGUUAAUUGCUGAUUGUACCGCUGCCUUGAGUGAGUUUGUGAUGAUGCGUUGUGGUUUGUCCUCCAAGCAUUUAGGGGGCGUUGUACUGCAUACUGUCUGCUGAAUAUAUAUUAAUUUGUACGAAAUAUUGAAAUAAAGUAGUUGUACAUAAAACUUAA